AGGCGAGAAAGUGGCCGUUUAGAUCCCGAGUGUGCCAUUUAUUUAUCCAAAUACCAACCGUUUACAAUUUCGUUCGGACGAAUUCGGCUAAUUUUAAGCUAGCCGAAGUGAGCAGCGCACUUCUGUGUAUUUUCACAACCUAAAAAAAACCCUUACUUUUCUCAUACAAAAAAAAUAGUGAUAAAUCACUGCUUUUACUUUGAAAACAAGAAGCGAACCAACUCGCAAUAUAUCUUACUUUGGUCACGUCGCGUUGUAUCCUGGGUAAUUUGCGUGUGAGUAGUAUGCUGAUGAUACAUACUCAAUGUUUCUGACGAAUGCAGUAUACAUCCGGGAACUUCUCGCAUACUGCCAGUGUAGACACACUACAUACUCAAAGAGUUAGUAAUGAGUAGUAGGUAAGUAUGUGGUUUCCAACACAGCCUAUAGGUAUGAUGACCACCAGCCAAAAGAUGGCGCUCUUUCACCACUCAUCACCUCUGGUGUUGCUGUGUUGAAAGUUCACCAUGACUUCCUUCAAUUGUUAUAUAAAUGUAAACCUUGGGUGUCCAACAAUAGUUCUUACAGAUGCACUGAAUCACAGUGUCAGGAACAAAGAGUGGUAGACUGACGCUGGCUUGAUUUAGGCUGCAGCUGUUGUUGUUGUGGGAAUCUUAAAAGCAGGCCAGAGCAUUACACUAAUGAAUCAAAUUCAUCAGGAUGAGGAGCCUUGGACGGCGCACACUCCACGAUCAGGUCACCGGGUGGUUUGCAGAUCUUAAUUCGUCCUAAUGGGAUUAGCUGCUGCAAGCUGGGAUGCACAGGCAGCAUGUCAUCUUGUUCCAGUGUUUACUCCAAAGACGGAGCACAUUGCCUUUGGUUGGCAUAUUGGAACAAAAACAAGAACGUUUAUGGGGUGAUGUGUAGUAGGAUUCAUCACCUUUAAUGGGGCUGCUAGAUAAACUGUCAGGCUGGCUCGGCCUAAGGAAGAAAGAAGUGAAUGUUUUAUGUUUGGGGCUGGACAACAGCGGCAAAACUACCAUCAUCAACCAACUGAAGCCUGCCAAUAAUUCAAAUCGUUUAGGCCCAUUCUCAGAGGAGUGGAAACAUGUUAGUCAGACACAGGCACAAGAAAUAGUCCCAACGAUUGGAUUCAACAUUGAAAAGUUCAAGACUUCAAGCCUUUCCUUCACAGUUUUUGACAUGUCCGGCCAGAGCAGAUACAGAAACCUGUGGGAACACUAUUAUAAAGAAAGCCAUGCCAUUAUAUUUGUCAUUGACAGCAGUGACAAACUGAGGAUGGUCGUUGCCAAAGAGGAGCUUGAUACUCUUCUCAAACACGGAGAUAUGUGCAGUAAAAAGCUGCCGGUGUUAUUCUUUGCAAACAAGAUGGAUCUACGAGACGCCAUGUCUUCUGUCAAGGUCUCCCAGAUGUUGUGUUUGGAGAAUAUCAAAGACAAACCAUGGCACAUCUGUGCUAGCAAUGCUAUAGAGGGCGAGGGCCUGCAGGAAGGAAUGGACUGGCUUCAAGAACAAAUUGCACAGUCAUAUCAAAACAAUGACAACAUGAAUCAAUGAAAUGCCUGUGGCCCUUACGUCAUCUAGGGAUUCUAUCAAGCUUUAUGUUAUAGAGCCUUAAAGGCAAAUACAUAAUACAUUUAGAGUUUGGUAUUUUCUAUCCAUGCUUUAGUUUUUUUUUAUCAUCCAAAAGUGAUCAUGUUACAUCACAACACAUCUGCAAAAAGAGUUGUUUUUUUAUGUGAUGUGGUAACAUAACAUUAUUAUGUGUAUGGCACACUAGUUAGAGGACAUUUGUAUGCAGCCAUCUUACCUUAUGUAUCAUUUCAGUAUUUGUGACCAUGUUUUUUCAUUCAUUGUAACUUUGACUUCUUUUCUAUGCAUGGAAUAAUGUUGUUUAAUAAUAGGCAACAAUAAAA